AGCGCCUCACGGGCACGCUUUCACAUUGUCGUCCUCAAACCAAUAGGCCUGCGCGUCCACUCCUCCCCGCGCACACACCCCUUCAACCUCCUCCCCCCUCCUCCGCCCCUCUCCACCCUCCUCCUCCGCCCGGCGUGUCUGAGUCUCCGGCUGCAUGAACGAGCCCCGAUUCACUACAAGCCUGAACUUCUAUGAUGCGUCUCUCCCAUACCUCAGCUGAGCGCACACACCAGCGCAGUCUGCAGCGGCAGCAGCGUUAGGAUGUAAUCAAUCCCACAUGUUUCAUCUGGGCGACUCGGGGAUUUUCACUUUGAAUAUUUUUCUACUUUUUUUUUCUCUUUCUUUCUUCCUUUCAUUUUUAGCCCUCAUCGCCGAGCAACGGAUCUAAGUUAGCAGACAUGUCGGGGACUCAGUUUCUGCCGUGCACUGCGCUCCACACAGCGAAGGGAGCGCGAAGUUCAUAAAAAGGGAUUACUAUUAUAUUUUCUUUUUUCCUUUUGCGGGUCUGGGUGCCUGAAACCUUCAGUGCCUCUGGAUUUUAAAAAUUUUUAUUUACAUUUUUCUUUUACUUUGGAUUUUGUGGGGAUUUAUUCGCUUCUCAUCGGGAUGGAAAGCCGCGAUUUCGCCCCGCCGCACCACCUCCUGACAGAGCGGAGCGCCCUGGUGCACAGCGCCGCGUCUCGGAUAGCGCCGGGCGGCCACAGCUCCGUGCAGCACCCGGCGCACUUCCAGCCCGGGAAAUACUACUCAUCCCACCUACCCAUGGGUCCGCACUCAGGUGCUUCCUUCAUGGGCUCCUUCCUGGCCAGGAGUCUGGGGACCCCACCCUCCCAUCCCCCUCACCCCUCUGGACCUGCUGCCUCCCCCGCCUCCCCUUCCUACAGGGCUGGAACCCAUUCAAGCACUUCCCCUAUCUGGUUCCCCCACUCACAUGAAGAGUUCUAA